UUCCUCUACGCGCAUACUCCACCAGGACUUCCAAGUAACUCCCCCUCUUUCUGCCGAUAAUCAACCAAUAAUUGCUUCCUCCGCCAUCAGGUACUUGCCUUCGACGUCUCGAUGGCCAUCUAAGAUCCGCAUUCGCCUUUUCGUUUCAGGAUUCAAGGGUGUUUUGAUCUUCGUUAGGGUUUCGAGAGUCGGUAACCGUGGAAGGAGCGGCAUUUUGCCUGCGGCCGCCGAUCGAUUCGGGAUUCCUCUUUCUUUCUGGCGUUCGUGGUCAAAAUCCGCUAUUGCUGGAUUUCCGUUGCGUUUACUUGUAGAAAGAUAUACUUCAGAAUAAGCUUAUGGAAGUAAAAGUUUUUUUUUUAUCUUCAAGGUCGUCGAGGAUAGAUUUAUGCUGAAUUGAUGGUGCAACUUUAUGUAACAUUGAGCUAAUAGAUACAAGCACAAGCAUCCACUUUCUUUUAAUUGAACCUAAGUCCACUCGCAACCCGACACCUGAACUGCAACUUAACAUGUCAAGUAGACAGCCUACGGAAUCAGCUUCUCAACAACAUUGCAAACAAGAACCUGGAAUUCCAAUCAUAUUGCAGGAAACAGUUCAGAGAUACACUCCAGUAGAUGGAGAUACUGUGGUCUUUGAGUGUCUAAAAAAGGGUCAUAAUGUUGAUGAAAUUUGUACAAACGUCUCCAAACUUCCAUGUGCCAAUGACUUGGAUCCAUCCUUUGGUUCUACAAAACGUUUAAGUGGACAAGGUUCAACCACAGAAUUGUCACAGUUGAACAAGGAUCCAAACUUGAAAGAAAUUGGAGAAGAUAUGAAGGAAAUAUUAGAGCAGCACAACACGGAUAAUCACAGAGUUUCUGUGAAAGUCAGUAAUAGCAACAGUAGUUUGAGAAAGACUAGUGCAAGCACCAAGCUUAGUGAUCAGGUUGAGAGUGGGAAAAAUAGUAUGUGCAAAGCUAGUACAAGCAGUGAUGCAAGUAAUGAAAGCAGUUGUAGUAGCAUAGGCAGUAACAUUAACAAGCCUCACAAAGCAAACGAUUCAAGGUGGGAAGCAAUCCAGGCAAUGCGUGCUAAAGAUGGGGUUCUCGGUUUAAAUCAUUUCAGGUUGCUUAAGAGAUUGGGUUCUGGAGAUAUAGGCACUGUAUAUUUGUCAGAACUGAGUGGGACCAAAUGCUGUUUCGCUAUGAAGGUUAUGGACAAAGUAUCUCUUGCUGGUCGUAAAAAGCUGCUUAGAGCACAGACAGAGAGGGAGAUAUUACAAUGCCUUGAUCACCCUUUUCUUCCUACAUUGUAUACUGACUUUGAGACUGAAAAAUAUUCUUGUUUGGUGAUGGAGUACUGUCCAGGAGGAGAUCUGCACACCCUGCGGCAGAGGCAACCAGGAAAAUGUUUUUCAGAACCAGCAGUGAGGUUUUAUGUUGCUGAAAUCCUCCUUGCUCUGGAAUAUCUGCAUAUGCUUGGUGUCAUCUAUCGUGACCUGAAGCCAGAGAAUGUCCUUGUCCGAGAAGAUGGCCACAUCAUGCUCUCAGACUUUGAUCUUUCUCUUCGUUGUACUGUUAGUCCCACCCUCAUUAAAUCAUCAAAUACUACUUAUGAGCCUAGAAGAAACAAUCAUGGCUACUGCAUCCAACCUGGUUGUGUUGAACCAUCCUGCAUCCAGCCUUCCUGUGCUGCCCCCACUACAUGUUUCUUCCCUCGGUUAUUUCCCUCCAAGUCCAAGGUGCGGAAACAGAAGCUUGAGAUUGGAAAUCAGAUCAGUCCAUUGCCUGAGCUCAUUGCAGAACCUACUGAUGCUAGAUCCAUGUCAUUUGUUGGUACUCAUGAGUACUUGGCCCCUGAGAUCAUCAAAGGUGAGGGCCAUGGAAGUGCUGUUGACUGGUGGACCUUAGGUAUCUUCCUGUAUGAGCUUUUAUUUGGAAAGACUCCUUUCAAGGGUUCAGGCAACCGUGCUACAUUGUUUAAUGUGAUUGGUCAGCCCUUGAGGUUUCCUGAGUAUCCAGUUGUGAGUUUCUCUGCUAGAGAUCUCAUAAGGGGAUUACUAGUCAAAGAGCCACAGCAUCGGCUUGCUUAUAAGCGUGGGGCUACGGAGAUAAAGCAGCACCCAUUUUUUGAGGGUGUUAAUUGGGCCUUGAUUAGAUGUGCAACCCCUCCUGAUGUCCCGAAACCCAUUAAGACUGAACAACACAUUGGGGCAAUGGCAUCAACUAGUCAGAAUGCUAACCCUACAUCUGAAAAAGGUUCAGAUAACUAUCUGGAGUUCAAUUUCUUCUAAUGGCAUAAUCUUGACUGGUGCAAUUGCCCUUGUCGACACUACUCAAUGCAUGCUCUCGAGUUCUAAGUGGUUUUAUAAAAAUCAUGCUGGUUGUAUUUCUCUUAUUGUACCAGGUCAAACUUCUUAAGUUGCAUAUAUUAUUCAAUGGUUGGUUAGAUA